ACCAAAUUAAAGUAUAAUUCGUAAGGAGGUCUGGCUGCAGAGUGGAGCUCCACCGAUGACAGGAAACACAUGACCUCCACUCCAUUUUUUUUAUUACUGAACUUCAUUGGGAAUCUCUGCAGCUGGAGCGCCACAGGAAACAUGUGUCCUCCACCUUUUUUUAAAUGAACUGGGACAUGACAGAUAUCACAAUAGACAGUCCCCAAUAUCUUGCAAGAGAGACAGUCCCAUAUAUACAGCAAGAGACAUCCCCAAUAUCCAGGCAGCAUUAUAAGACAUCCCCACAUCCUGACAGCAGCAUUAAUAGACAGCCAAGCGGCCCCUAUAUUCAUCCAGCAGCAACACUGACAGUUUUAAAUAAUUACCAAAAUCAAUGUACAGUCUUCCUCAGGCAGUGAGCAGUCAGAAGUUUCAGGACAGGACGCCACACUGCAGCUCUUCCUCACACUCACAGGAACAUCCCCUCUACUACAGGGAGAGGCAGCGUGCAGCUGAUAUUGCUCCGCACUCCUAUCUCUUAAGGCUGCUGCCGGUACUAUAGGAGUCGUGUCGGCUUAUGUGGCCGCCAGAUGACUCUGAGGGCUGAGAGCUGCAUAAAACAAGCUAUAUAUUAAAAAAAAGCUCUGCUCCCUGUCAGAAGUACCAGAACUCAGUUCUGACACACACACUCACACACACACACAAAAGCCCUAACAAUAACUGAAUAUAAUAGGAUUGUACUUAUCUUUCUUAGAUAAUAUAACAUUUAUAUUUGUAUUUCUUUUCUCUUUUGUGAUUAUAGAUCCGAAUGAACGUGAUGAAUAUGCUGACCAGCCGUUAGGCCUGGAGCUAUUUCAACCUAUGGCGUUUCAGCUCACAACUGAAGAUACGAAGGUAGAUGAAAUGUAUCAACCUGCGGAGUCCAAGCUUGCAGGUGAAGAAACAAAGGCAGAUGUGACGUCUCAGCGCCCAGACACCCAGGAUACAGAUCCGAAUGAACGUGAUGAAUAUGCUGACCAGCCGUUAGGCAAUGGGUACAGCCUGGAGCUAUUUCAACCUAUGGCGUUUCAGCUAACAGUUGAAGAUACCAAAGCUGAUGAGAAGAAUUUACCUGCAGAGUCCAACCUCGCACCCGUGGAACACAAAGGGGACGUGCUAUUUGCACCCAAGGAACACAAAGGGGACGUGCUACUUGCACCUGAGGAGCACAGAGCGGACGUGCUAUUUGCACCCGUGGAGCACAGAGCAGACGUGCUAUUUGCACCCGUGGAGCACAGAGCAGACGUGCAAUAUGCACCCGUGGAGCACAGAGCAGACGUGCAAUAUGCACCUGAGGAACCCAAAGGGGAUGUGCAAUAUGCACCUAAAGAGUCCGAGCUUGCACCCGAGGAACACAAAGCGGACGAGUCAUAUGCACCUGAAAAGUCUGAGUUCACAGGUGGAUGGCGGAUUGCAGUUGAGGAGGAUUUAGCUACAGGGUCCAAGCUGUCAGCUGAAGAUACCAAAUCGGAUGAUACAAGUGUACCUGCGGAGUCACUGCUCACAACUGAAGAUACGAAGGUAGAUGAAAUGUAUCAACCUGCGGAGUCCAAGCUUGCAGGUGAAGAAACAAAGGCAGAUGUGACGUCUCAGCGCCCAGACACCCAGGAUACAGGACUAGGUCAUGAGGAUACUGAUUAUCAGUAUGUUCCAGCCCUGGGAAAGGACUAUGAACAUUCGGCCAUUUUGCCAGGUGGUCAGAGGAUGCUGGAUGAACCCGAAGGCCAAGAUUCCUCAGAAGAUGUCCGGGCUUGGUAUUACAUCAAGGUGCAAGAAGUCCCUAUUUGGCUCCUGGCUAUCAUGACGGUGAUACUCAGUGGAUUUAUUUUAAUGUUGGUCGUCAUCUGCAUCCGCGUAGCAAAGAAUCAGUGGAAACACGUGAUACUGGAAAUGGAAAGUGAAGGGAGUAUUCGCACCGUUUAGAACACAACAAUUGGUGCUUCCAGCUAUAAAUAGACACA